AUGCUGCAAAUACUUCAUAACAGUCUCAUUAUUGGUGAGAAGCUAUCAUUUUCUGAAUUACUGAUUUCUUCAAUAACUUACACAAGAAAUGUGAACAUUUCUGAAGCCACCAUCCAUUUUGAAAAGGAUUCUUCAUUGGAUUAUGGUAUGCUAAGAUAUCCAAAAAUCUGCAACUUGGACUAG